AUGAGUCACACAAAGAGGGCUACAAAUGCUCUGGAUGAGCACCAGAAAUACCUCGUCCUGUUUCUCUGCUUCAUAAGAGUUGAUGUUCUGUUAAUGGAAUUGCUUGUGGACUUUGAUGAACUCAUGAGCAUGGCAGGUGGUAGCAUGGCCGAUGAUUCUUUUAUUGCUCCAAUCGAACUGGUGCUGUUUGGUGUCAGUAUCAACCAGAAUUCUCGGCUCCUACCUAACAUUACCCUGGGCUACAACAUCUAUGAUAAUUUCCUCAGUGCAAGAGUAACAUAUGAGAUCAUGAUGGAGUUGCUCUCUACAGGGCAGGAGAAUGUCCCAAAUUACAGAUGUGGAAGACAAAGGAAUAUCCUGGCAGUUCUUGAAAACAUAGAUGCUGAACUCUUUGAUCAUAUUUCUACUGUCUUGGGCAUCUACAAAAUCCCACAGCUUCAUCACUUCGUGAGAAACUUCCAGCUUCACAACAUUUCCAAGGACGGCAUUUAUUUGGAUGAAAAUGGAGUUCCUGCUGCUGACUUUGAUGUCAUGCAUUGGAGAAUGUUUCCCCAAGAGUCUUAUCCUAUGGAAAAAGUUGGGAGUGUAAAAAGGGAAGCUUCUUCUGAAAUCAACUUCUCCAUCAAUCAGAGUGUCAUCCAAUGGCCAAUAUCAUUUAACAAGGUAGUGCCUUCUUCUAGAUGUACAGACAGUUGUUACCCAGGAUAUGCCAAGCUCGUGAGAGAAGGAGCCCCUGUUUGCUGCUAUGACUGUUCUCUGUGUAUGGAAGGGACAUUCUCAGUGGAAGAAGAUGCAACCCAUUGCAGCAAGUGUCCAGAUGACCAGUAUUCCAAUGAGAAGCGGAAUCUGUGUAUCCCCAAAAGUAUAAGUUUCUUGUCCUAUGAAGAAACAUUGGGAUUCAUUCUGGCUUCCUUUACCCUUGCUUUGUCCCUAAUCACUGCCUUUGUUUUGGGAAUCUUCACCAAAUACAGAGAAACUCCCAUAGUCAAAGCCAACAACCGGGACCUUACCUACAUUCUUCUGAUCUCCCUUCUCCUUUCCUUCUUGACCUCUCUUCUAUUCAUUGGGCGCCCCAAGAAAGUGACCUGCCUUCUUCGACAAAGCAUCUUCAGUGUUGUUUUCUCAGUUGCUGUAUCCUCAUUGCUGGCCAAGACUGUCAUGGUGGUGGUGGCAUUUCUGGCCACAAAGCCAGGCAGCAGGAUGAGGAAAUGGCUGGGAAAGACUCUGGCCAACUCUAUUGUUGUAUCCUGUUCUGGGAUUCAGGUGGGCAUCUGCAUGAUAUGGCUUGGAAUAUCUCCCCCAUUCCCAGACUCUGACAUGCAUUCUCAACCAGGGUAUAUCCUGCUGCAAUGUAAUGAAGGUUCAGUCACCAUGUUCUACACUGUACUGGGUUAUAUGGGCCUUCUGGCUGCCAUCUGCUUCUUGGUGGCUUUCCUAGCACGCAAGCUGCCAGGGACCUUCAAUGAAGCCAAGUUGAUCACCUUCAGCAUGUUGGUUUUCUGUAGUGUUUGGAUCUCCUUUGUGCCCACCUACCUGAGCACCAAAGGAAAAUACAUGGUGGCUGUGCAGAUCUUCUCCAUCCUGGCAUCCAGCCUGGGCUUAAUGGGCUGCAUCUUUGUUCCCAAAUGCUACAUCAUUAUCCUGAGACCUGACAUGAACACCAAGGAGCACCUAAUAGUGAAUUCUAAAAAGGGAACCUAAUGUUUUCCACAGGUAGAUGGAAGGAUGGAGGGUUGGUAGAUAAGUAGAAGGAAAGUAGAAAACUAGGAGAUAAAUAAAGAUAAAUAUACAUGAUCUUCUAUUCCUUUUAAAUAGUGAUUAAGUUGACACAGCACACUAAGCCAUAUUUUUCUGCCUAUUAUUUGAUAAGUCAGACACAGUGUUAAAACAUGAUUUAUGACAGGAUUCCCAUAAAAUGCUAGUCCUUACAUCAGAUAAACUCCAUGAUGGCCCUGGUGCAUUAUGGCAAUCUUGUUAUUAUAGAAACAUCUGACAGUGGUAUUCAAGGUAUUGUGAAUUCUAUCCCACUGCACUUCCUUGAAUGUUAUCUAUAACAGUCCACAAUUCAUACACACACACACACACAC